AUGUCAUCCCGCGCACGCCAGACAAUAUGGGUCGAUGCAUCCGAUCAAAGCCUCGAUCCUCGCUCAACGACAACUCUCGUCUCGAACGCAGCCAGGCAACCAGAGGUUCCAGGUCCCGGUCCCAAGGUCAAGAUAUGUGACCAGGAUCCGGAGGACCACUUUGACUCAACUGCGGAGAUCAUGUACGAUCGCCCUCUAUGUAUUGCGCGGCGGAAGCAAGCAAAGGGAGAAUUGGUGCAUAUUCAAAAGUCAGAGUGCGCUACUUUGGCUCGAAACAUCUUAAAAGAUUUCAACGACCAGACUCCCCACCGCAGCUUCCGACAAUUGCUCGGAGGCUAUCGCCACGGCGGUAUGGCGUUUCUCAUGUGGGAGCCAGUUGAAGUAUCCGUCGAGCAGAUCAUGGCGGCUCAAGGCAUCAUCAAAGCGACGGAGGUGAUUGCCAUUGCGAAACCGGUGCUUGAAGGCAUUCGACAUCUUGCGGACCAUGGGAGGGUCCUCAAUGUGCUGAAUGCUAAGACAAUAUUGCUUACCGCCACUGGUCAAGUAAAAAUUGCCGGUGUCGAAAACAGCAUCCAGAUCGACCCAGAAGCGAUGGAUGCUGCGACUAUGAAGCUUUCCGCUUUGGCCCACGUGAUCAGCGGUCUGAUGAAAAAGAAUCCGACAACGUACGAAUGGUUGCCCAUGAUCAAGAAUCUUCCCUUGCAGCUCGAGACACGCUCUGUGAAUGAAAUAUUGCAGAGCACGCCUUUUAACCCGGGCCCUCCAAUCGAUGAGUUGGUAAUGAUGACCAACAUCACGAACAAGACCGCGCACCACCGGGUCAAGUAUUCUGAUCGAGGCGAGGAUUAA